CUGGAAAUACGGAGGGCAACCAGGCCAGAAGGCGUUCUAAACUGCCUAAGAUUGACCAACCCUAACGCAGGAGGCGGGACGACGGUCACUGAUUUGCCAGCGUGACGCCGGUCUGCGAUUGGCCAGUGCCGUCCUGGGCGUGUCGGUAGAACAGGAAUGCGACGGUUUCCCAUAGGCUGACACAGAAAGGGGCGGGGAAACAAGAGUGCAACGUUACCAAUCGGCAUGCGGGCCGUAACGCAAUUCUUUUUUCCGAUUGGUCCGUGAAGUUCGGGAGGUCGUUGGGAGAGCGACCUUGGGAUAGAACGCCUGCCUUUUAUUGGUCAAUACUCUUCGGGGCGGGCAAUGUGGCUCCCCGAGGCUGCCUGCGAUUGGUGAACGCGGCGCGGCUCGGGGCCAACCUGCGGACUGAAGAUCCUUAUGCGAUUGGCCGGGACGCCGGAGGGGCGGGCAAUUUGGGAUCCACAGUGACUCGCGACUGGUCGGCGCGGCGAGAGCAGAGCGGCGCGCAGUUUCCUUGGCACCCGAGGGCGAUGGCGCGGGGUGGCUGGCGCCGGCUGCGCCGCCUGUUAUCCGCAGGGCAGCUUCUAUUCCAGGGCCGCGCGCUGCUCGUCACUAACACGCUGGGCUGCGGCGCGCUCAUGGCGGCCGGUGAUGGCGUGCGCCAGUCCUGGGAGAUCCGCGCCCGGCCCGGCCAGGUUUUCGACCCACGGCGCUCCGCGAGCAUGUUCGCGGUGGGCUGCAGCAUGGGUCCCUUCCUGCACUACUGGUACUUGUCGCUGGACCGCCUAUUCCCUGCGUCUGGCCUCCGAGGCUUCCCAAAUGUCCUCAAGAAGGUCCUCGUGGAUCAGCUGGUAGCCUCUCCCUUGCUGGGUGUCUGGUACUUCUUGGGCCUUGGCUGCCUUGAGGGUCAGACAGUGGGUGAGAGCUGCCAGGAGCUGCGGGAGAAGUUCUGGGAAUUCUACAAGGCAGACUGGUGCGUGUGGCCUGCUGCGCAGUUCGUGAACUUCCUCUUCGUGCCCCCCCAAUUUCGAGUCACCUACAUCAACGGCCUGACGCUGGGCUGGGACACGUACCUGUCUUACUUGAAGUACCGGAGCCCAGUUCCUCUGACACCCCCAGGCUGUGUGGCCCUGGACACCCGAGCAGACUGAACUGUCCGCCUCCGGGACCGGAUGCAAGACUAACUCCUGGCGGACCACCCCCUCUACCAGAAGGAGAAUGGGCUCCUGCAUCAAGCUCUGGUCCUGGGCCACGUCCCAGCACCACUCCAGCUCCCGGGCAUUGGGCUGAGCCGCCCUUCCCAAGCUCACUUCUGGGACUCAGUUUUCCCAACCGGAACACACCCAUGAAGAUGGAUGAUCAUCCCCUAGCCCUUCUCAGCAGGAACCUCAUGUGACCUGUGACCAAGAUGUCCCAUCCUCAGCACAGGGCCCCACCCUGCCAACCAGUCUCAAGCACCAGCCCCUCAACACUGCCACCCACCUGGCUCUGGGCCCAGCCACCAAUCCAGAGCUCCCUCAGGUCCUGGGACUAAGGCGGGGACAUGACUGAUCCCCUCAGAGCAGGCUCAGGCCUGGAGUCGGCCCCCGAAAGUUUCACAUAGGGCCAGGCAGCCUCUGUGUUUCCUCCCCUGGUCGUGAACUGUGGAAAUGCCAUUAAAUUCUCUCUAUAAUGUAAUUGAAACUGCUGACUGGGCGCAGUGGUUCCCACCUGUAAUCUCAGCCCUUCGCGAGGCUGAGGUGGAAGGAUUGCUUGAGGCCAGGUGUUCGAGACCAGCCUGGGCAACAUAGCAAAACCCUGUCUCUAUUUAUAUUGAAAAAUAAAAAUAACAAAAGAAAA